AUGGGCUACUUUACCAUGAUGGGCAGCGGGUUGCCACAUGCCAAGGGCUCGGUCGUGGUGGUCGCACCGACGACGUGGUCGGCUCUGAGCUACAGCUACGGCGCCAGUCUCCUCUACGCCACUGUCGGGGAGAAGUCCCCAAUCCUCUCGCCCACCGCCAGCACAGGCCUGAAGCCCACGCGCUUCUCAGCGGACUGCUCGGGCUCGGCCUUCACCUUCGACGUGCUCAGCGGCCUCGCCACCUGGGAAGGUCACCAGAUCUUCUCUCUGGACACGACCACGGGGGAUCUCCAGCUCAGCCCGGAGGAGUCCUUGACAAAGACCUUGGACUCCGUCAGCUCGGGCUCCGCGCGUCGGGCAGUUUCCACGUCCUGCACCAUCUUCGGCCAUUACGAGUGGGCUCCGACGGGCGACGGGCCCACGCUGACCCAUCGGCUGAACAUGGAGUUCCGGGACCAUACUUGCUGGGCCUAUCGAUCGCUAAGCUUCGCCAGACGAGCGACCAAGUCUGGCACGUCGGCCUGCCGGACUCAGUGCCGCAGCGAGCCUCACUGCACGCACUACCGGUCUGAGUCCGGGAAGUGCCACUUCUACAGCGGCGUGUGCACCGAUUCCUCCGACUUCGGCUGCACGUACAAGAAGGUCGGCGUCCUGGAGCGCUACCCGGGCUGCGGCGAGCGGAAUGGCUGCCUGCACCUCGAGUUGAAGGGGCACCACUACCUCUCGGGCAGGUACUGCCCCGGCGGUGAGAAUGCCGCAAGCUCCGGGCAAGGACCUGUGUACUUCAAGAAGGGCUUGGUCAAGGAGGAAAGCUUCUGGCUGACGCGUUACGACACAAAGGGCGGCUGCUCCAGCGGCGACUGGGUUCUCCACAAAGCAAAGCCGGAAGAGGAUUACGAGAACUCGAGCAUGGCUUACGUGGAGCUUCACGGGGAUGCGGUUGCCUGCGUCAAGGGUUUGACGAGCGACCUGGUCACAGACGUCUUUGGUCAAACAAAGGUGGACCUGACUGUGAGCAAGAUCACCACAUCCAGAGCCCGGGCCACCGUCUCGGCUCCCGGAUGCGUGGCGCCCAAUGUCACAGCCGUGGAUGCUCCAGAGGAGCAACCCGUACAAGCCUUGAUCCUGGAUGACCCAUCGACGAGCACCAAAGACGACCACUGGCUCCACCCGUGCGAGUGCGUGCCUCCAGCUUGGGGCUCGCUGCCACCCGUGUCCGGCGAGGCUAUUUCGGACAUCCCAGCUGGCAGCAACAACGAGUUCAUGGCCUCUCCGGCCAUGAUCGUGGAUGGGCAGUUUGUCUGCGAGCAAGAGUACCUGACUGAAGUGAUUGUGGAGAGCGAGACGGACGGCUUGGACGCCGCGAAUUGCAAGACGCGCUGCAUUGCCCAACAGUGUCCUUACUACUGGGAAGGUGAGGUCAUGUCCACGAAGCAGUGCCGCCUUUACAGCCAGUGCACUGAGCUCGUCCGUGAGGUCGGCGUGGUGGGGAACCUGUAUGGGAUGUCCUAUCGCAAAGCCUGCAAAGUAGCAGAUGCACAGCUGUGCUGGAAAGUCACCAAGCGCCGCUCCUUCCUCGGGGCCGGAGACGACUCGUACAAGUGCUUUCACCAGGCCUUCAACUUCCGCAAGGCAUGUUCGGCCCAUGCAGAGAAAACAGCUGUGGCUGUGCAGGCCUUCAACUUCCGCAAGGCAUGUUCGGCCCAUGCAGAGAAAACAGCUGUGGCUGUGCAGGAUCUGAUCCAGCAGUGCGACCAGAAGCUCAUGCUGGGUGGCCUCGGGGUCAGCGCCUGCGGAGGUUGUGAGUAUGCACCUGUGAAAGGGAAGCAGAUUCUCAAUGCCGACGGAGAGUGCGCAACGGUCGGCAGCAACAAGAACGUGUACGUGGCGCCCUGCAACGAUGGAGACAAUCAGAAGUGGUAUUUCGAUGGUGAGCAACUGAAGUCGGAAGGCUUGACAUCGAGCUGGUGCCUCGACAAGCCAUCAACUGGCAACCUUUACAUGCACAGCUGCCACACCUAUUCCAACCAGAAGUGGUACUUCCUGCCGGAGCACGGUCACCUGAAGUCCCGGGAUGGCAACGGGUGCGUGGAUUCCCUUCAUGCCGGCAGCAAGAAUAUGUAUGUCAGCAACUGCCCAUGGAGCGAUCGGUUGGAAUGGACUUGGCGCCAAGAUGUUCAUGGCGGCCAGCAGAUUGUGACGGAUCACGAAAACAAAUGCCUCAUCCACGACACCAGCAACAACAAUGUCUACGUAGGAAGCUGCUCCGUGGACUUCUCGCACCGCUGGUACUGGGACGGCGAGCGGCUCAAGUCCGAGGCCAGCACCUCCAGGUGCCUGGACGCGGCCAGCAACAACAACCUGUACAUGCACAAUUGCCACAGCAGCAACAAUCAGAAGUGGUACUUCGAUGGAAAGCUGCUGAAGUCGAGGGACGACGGUCGCUGCGUCGACUUCGAUAAUGACAAUGCGAACAACCUCCUCCGUGCGAAUUGCCCUGAUAGCACGUAUAAGAAAUGGGCCUGGGGCCCCGAGGUUACGAAGCCGAUGCCCGCUGCGCAGCUGACGUGCAUGCGGAACCACAAGUGCAUGGACGACGGCGGCAAGAACGUUUACAUGCACACCUGCCACGACGGGGACAACCAAAAGUUCUAUUUCGACGGCACGCACUUGAAGGUCAAGUCAAACAGCAAGUGCAUGGAUGACGCUCGACGCUGA